AUGGAUGAAGCAGCUGUUUUUUAUGACGCCCCUCGUUUGGCCAGCAGAGAUCUCCCCCUGACCUUUUCCCCACUGAAGAUCAUUCUGAUGGGGAACAGCUGGUGUUCAAGGAGCCAGGUUGGAAACUUCCUACUGGGAGAAUCCCAGUUCAACACCGAGGUGGAACCAGAAACCUGCCUGAGUUUCAGAGGACAGCUGAUGGGGAAAGGCCUGGUCAUCGUCAACACUCCCAAUCUGCUGCUGCCCAGCAUCUCCCAGUUCCACCUGAUAGAGCACAUCGAACACUGCAUGAGACUUUCUGCUCCUGGACCUCAUCUGUUCCUGCUGGUUCUGCAACCUGAGACCUUCACAGAGGACCACAGAGAGAGGCUCUGCAGGAUCCUGGAGCAUAUCAGUGACCAGUCCUUUGCUCACUCGCUAGUUCUGAAGACACCCAGAGAGACUCCUGGACAAAACCCUGCCAGUCUGGGGGCCCUAGAGUCCAUGGUGAGGAACUGCAGAGGUGAGUUUCUGUGGAGGAGGACCACCAAACUCUCUGACAUCUGGCAGUUUUUGGAAAAAACUCUGACAGAGAACAGAGGACGACGGGUCAGCUCAGAGAAAUUUGAGGAACAGCCAUCGGUGGACCCCCAGGUUCCGCCUUCAGAAUAG